UGCCCCGCGCCCUCCCACAGGCUCAGGGAAGAGCUGCUCUGGAGGGAGAGGGGAGCCGGGCUGCCGAGGACUGAGAUGCCGUGGACUCCAGAGAAGCCCUCUGGGCACAUGGAGGGGCCCCCUGCGCUGGAGCCGGCCUCGUGGCCCCCUCUGCCCUGUGGGCCCUGCAUCCCCAUCAUGCUGGCGCUGGCUGCCCUGGCCGCCCUCUUCCUGCUCACCACAGCUGUGCUGGCCGAGCGCCUGUUCCGCCGCUCCCUGCGACCAGACCCCAGCACCCACGCACCCACCCUGGUUUGGCGCCCUGGGGGAGAGCUGUGGAUUGAGCCCACAGGCAGCCCCCGCGAGCGCUCCGAGGACUGGUACGGCUCCGCGGUGCCCCUGCUGAUGGACCAGGCCCCAGAUCCUCCUACCCCUGGGGGCACCUUGGAGGCCCGAGCAACAGCCCCACCUGCCCCUUCAACUCCACACCCCCCUUCCUACUUCUUAGUUCCCCAGACCCCACCCAAGGCCCCACCCCCAAGUACCUUCUGGGGGCCCCAGGCCUGGGAUGGGAGGCCCCAAGCCCCAGGCCUGGUGAGCUGGGCUGAGCCUGAACAGAGGCCAGAGGCCAGCAUGAAUUUGGGGAGCCCCCAGUCCCGAAGGCAGCGGCCAGGUAGCCCUGAUCCUGAGUGGGGCCUCCAGCCUCUGGUCACUCUGGAGCAGAUCUCAGCUUUCUGGAGGCGUGAAGGCCGGACCAGCGUCAGUUUUGAAUCCCCAGAGCCUGUCGGACUGGCUUCCCAGAGACCUCUGAGGAAGGCCAACCUCAGAGGGACCUUAAGUCCCUGAUGUUCCAGCCUGGGAACCCAACUGGCAUCUGAGGCCAGGGAAGAAGGCCCCAGGCCUUUUAUAUCUGGGUUUCAAUUCAGCUGGAUCUGGACCUGGAUCUGGGCAGGCUGGGUGUGGACAGAGCCUAUGCAACUGGGAAGCUCACAGGGGCCUCGGCUUAGGCUUAGCUGCCUGGAGGCGGUGCUGCAGUGCCAAGAGUGGAGGUGGGGCGGACUCUGGGCCAGAAGCUGCCAAGAUCACACUCCUGAUUAAGAAGUCAAGGUACGAGGCAGGCAUGAAAGAGCAUCACACAGUCUUCCACCUUCCUGCACCGUGCGUCUAAGAUGCCAGUGUUGGAGGGAAGGGUCUGUGGAUGCUGAAAAGCAGACUGAGUUGGUGAUGACGCGUGUCAGUUGUGCUAGCAGGAGAUGACAGGAAUCCAGUUUCCAGAGCCACCAUUCCUCCAGGAAAACACAUAAAGGAGCACCUUAUGAUAUAUGAACCGUGACUUUGACCCCAGCUCACAGCAGCAAAAUUGGAGAGCUAAGCUGGAGAGGCCCUCUCUUGCCUUCAGCUGGGACCUAGAAUCAAAGAAAACCAGCUGCUCCUCUGCCCGUCUCUGAAGGCUGACACGUCCCCGCCCUCUGAAUCUUACCCCUCCAUGGUGAGGGAGGCCUGGGCCAAGGACAUCUGAGGUUGAACCCAGUGGGACACCAUUCCAGGUCAGGGCAGCUCCCCAAAUGCAGCCUCCAGCCAUCUUCCCUCCCAGCUUGCUGAGUGUUCCAGAGAGACAGAUCCCCACCCCCUCCAGGCAGGCUUACUUAUAACGCUCCACCUGGGAGAAAUGGAGCCCCCAAAUGUCCUUGGCCCUAUAGCCAUUUGUAUCAGCUGACCCCCUCUUUGGGAGCAGAGCCAGGGGCCAGGGGAGGCCAAGGAGUUUCCACUCUGACCUGCAGUCAUGAAUGUUAGGAUUUUUGCCAUAUCAGUUUACCACCUGUACUAUUAUUUACUUUAUAUUUUUCUUUGAAUUUGUUUACUGUUUGCUUAAUAAAUUUAUUUUAAAAGGAA